UUUUGGUCCCAGGCAGAAAAAUCAUGGUCAAGAAUUCCUGCAAUGUGAAGUGAAUAAUGUUCUGGCUGUCUGUCUUUCUCUUUCUCUCUCUCUCUCUCUCUCACUCUCUUUCAGUGCUGCCAAUCUGAUGAUCUGCCCUCCCUUUAAAACCUGCAGAACCAUAGCACCUCCUCCCCUAUCACCCCCCAAGCAUAUUUGCCUGUCGCCUGCAGUCAGAAAGGGAGGGAUUAUGUAUCCUGGCAAGGGGGAGCACUUUGCCUGACUCCCCCCUCUCUCCCUCUCUCUCCCCCCCUCCUCCAGUCUCUCCGUGUUCUUGAGUGGAGGCUAUUAUUCCAGUCCCAUUUGACUUGCAUACAGGGUGCACCAGCUCUACUGCACUUGUAGGAGAGGGCUGUUUUAUAGUGUAGGUAGGCAGGAUACUCCAGCACCCUUCUGAAGUUUCCUCUUUGAACUACUUGGAUGCGGAUAAUUCCAUUUUUCCCCCUUUGCCCUCCCACUACAAAGGGCUGAAGAGGAUCUUACUGUUAUGUGUGCUUGAUUGUGCUUGAGUUUCUGUGUGACGGUGCAGAGCAGGUCAGCUCUGUGUGUGUGUGUGUGUGUGUGUGUGUGCAUGUGUGUGUGUGUGUAUUUGUGAGCCUUUGUGUGUGCGUGUGUGUGUGUGUGUGAGUAGGUGUGUGUGCCUGUGUGUGUGUGUGUAUGUGUGCAUGCUUUUUGGGAACACAGUAGCUGAUUUGGGGCUCUGUAUGGCCCCUGAGAGGACUGUCCCCGGGGCUGUGCGCUGACUCGAUUGGAGCACAGAGCAAGGUCCAGUGGUCAUCCCUUCACAAGAGCUGAGAGGUGAGAUUUGAGAGUGACGGGAUUCAAGAGUGGAGAGGCGCCAGUGACGUCCAUAAAGAAGCAAAAAUAGCAGAAGCUACCACGACGAGCCUGCGAGAAGCACAGCCGGCAAGAUGAUGACGAUGAUGAUGAUGGUGAUGGUGACAAUGGUGACAUGUGGAUCUCUGCUCCUGCUCGGACUGAUGUCUGCACAGGCCUCGUCCAGUGGACUACCCCGGACAAGUGGUUCUACGUCAUCCUCCUCCUCUUCGUCCUCUUCUUCCUCUCCUCGUAUGAAGCUGACCCAUAAAGAGCUGCAGGCCUUCCACGGUGUGCGACGCUUCGAGCUGGAGCGCUCCUGCUGCUUCAGCGCUCUGCUGCUGGACGAGGAGAGAGGGAGGCUGUUUGUGGGGGCCAGGAACUUCCUGCUGUCCCUCAGCCUGGACAACAUCGCCAAGCAGGAGCACAAGAUAUACUGGCCGGCCCCUGUGGACUGGAGGGAGGAGUGCAACUGGGCAGGGAAAGACAUCAACAGGGAAUGCGUUAACUAUGUGAAGGUCCUACACCACUAUAACCGCACCCACCUGUAUGCCUGUGGAACUGGAGCCUUCCACCCCACCUGUGCCUUCGUAGAGGUGGGGCAGAAGAUGGAGGAUCAUGUGUUCCGUAUUGACCCCUCCAAAGUAGAGGAUGGGAAAGGAAAGAGUCCCUAUGACCCUCGCCAUCAAGCAGCUUCAGUCCUGAUUGGUGACGAGCUGUAUGCAGGUGUGGCCACAGACCUGAUGGGUCGAGACUUCACCAUCUUCCGCAGCUUGGGCCGACGAACCUCCAUCCGCACGGAGCAGCACGACUCCCGCUGGCUCAACGAGCCUAAGUUUGUGAAUGCCUUCUGGGUGCCUGAGAGUGAGAAUCCGGACGAUGACAAGAUCUUCUUCUUCUUCCGUGAGACUGCUGUGGAGGCCCAGGGCCUGGGCAAGGCCACCUAUUCCCGGAUUGGCCAGCUCUGCAGGAACGACAUGGGUGGCCAGCGGAGUUUGGUCAACAAGUGGACAACAUUUCUCAAGACCAGACUCAUCUGUUCUGUGCCAGGCAAUGACGGCAGUGACACAUAUUUUGACGAACUUCGGGAUGUGUUCCUGUUGCAGACCAGGGACAGGAAGAACCCACUGGUCUACACAGUCUUCUCUACUUCCAGCAGUGUAUUCAAGGGCUCGGCCGUUUGUCUGUACACCAUGAAUGACAUUCGGAGGGCAUUCCUGGGGCCCUUCGCACACAAAGAGGGGCCCAACUACCAGUGGGUGCCCUUCCAGGGAAAAGUGCCCUACCCCCGACCAGGCAUGUGCCCCAGCAAAACCUUUGGAAGCUUUGAGUCCACCAAGGGUUUCCCGGACGACGUGAUCCAGUUUGCGCGGCACCACCCACUCAUGUUUAAUCCUGUGUACCCGCUGAACCGCCGGCCGGUGUUCCUGCGCAAGAACGUGGACUACAGCUUCACCCAGAUCGCCGUGGACCGCGUGGGCGCGGCCGACGGCCAGUACGACGUCAUGUUCAUUGGAACAGAUGUGGGGACAGUCCUGAAAGUCAUCUCUGUACCCAAGGAGAGCUGGAACAACAUGGAGGAGCUCUUGCUGGAAGAACUGCAAGUGUUCAAGGACUCCUCUUCAAUUAUCAACAUGCAGAUCUCCUCAAAGCGGCAACAGCUGUACGUGGGCACAGAUACCGGGCUGGCCCAGGUACCCCUGCACCGCUGCAGCAUGUACGGCAAGGCCUGCGCCGAGUGCUGUCUGGCCCGGGACCCCUACUGCGCCUGGGACGGCACCUCCUGCACCCGCUACCUCCCCAACACCAAACGGCGAUUCCGGCGGCAGGAUGUGAGGAAUGGGGAUCCCAACACGCUCUGCUCUGGAGACCACCACAAGCAGCGCGUGGCUGAGAAGAAACUCUACGGGGUCGAGGGCAGCAGCACCUUCUUGGAGUGCAUCCCAAAAUCACUGCAGGCCCAAGUCACCUGGACCUACCAGAAGAACACAGACAGCGCCCGGGACGAGGUGCGUGUGGAUGAGCGCGUGUUACAGAUGGAGAGGGGGCUGCUGGUCCGCAGUGUGUUGCGGAGAGACGCGGGGCUGUACCAGUGCCACGCCAUGGAGCACGGCUUCACCCAGACCCUGCUGGGCAUCACCCUGGAGGUGGUGCCCUCCUCCGCCCCCUCGCUGUCCGCCGAGCCCCCCAGCCAGCUGGACCCCCGCAGCGGAGCCCAGGGCCCGCCCGCCUCGCCCCGGCUGUGGUACCGCGACUUCAUGCAGCUGGUGGACCACCCCAACCUGAGCACGGUGGACCAGGUGUGCGAGCAGGUGUGGCUGCGUAAGAACCGGCAGCCGGGCAAGGCCCCCCCCGUCGCCCCGCCGCCCCGCCCGGGCCUGCCCGCCGGCCCCGCCCGCGGGGCCCCCAACAAGUGGAAACACCUGCAGGAGAUCCGGAAGGGCCGCAACCGCAGGACCCACGAGGCCAAGACCCUACGGGCCCCCCGCAGCGCCGGAGAGUGGUGAGGCAGGACACGCAGGAGGGAGAGAGAGAGAGAGGAAGAGAGAGAGAGACUGGUACAGAUGGAGAGACUGACCGAGGAGUACCAGAGGUGGCCGAAGCCACACACUGUAUCUCCUUCUGUGUGAAUACUUAUCCUCCCUCACCUUCAGCUUCACCAGACUACCCCCUUUCCAAGUCACUUUGUUAAGCACUGUCCCCCUGAAUACACACAUACAGUGUGAAGAGCAGACUGGACCCCCCUCCCAUGAUCUGGAGGAGUGUGUGGAGCAGUGAGUCUCACUGAUAGUCUUUGCUUUUUUCAUAUCCUUACAACUGGAAUAAACUUAGAACUGAAACACAGACACACGUAGACACAUGCUUCACACAGAUUCAUAGAAGCAUACGCACAUCUCUGACACAAAACACUGCUCUGUGUUACACAGCACCGCGGACACGUCAUCACCAGCCGAGAGUUAAAUGGGUUCACCGGUUCUGGUGACAAUGACAGGGCUUCACCCAAGGAGGAAGUGGGUGACCUCAUGAUGACAUCAUAAAGAUGGGAAGUAGAACGGUGUGGACAGACUUUCAUUGAGGACCAAGACCCCAGGGAAUGGGGCUGACUGCUAAUUCCAGCCAAAUAUCAGCGGCCCUUCAGAGAAGAGAGUGGAAUGUACCUGUUACCACACACACACACAUGCAGACAUACACACACAAGCGCACACUCACUCGCACACACACAUACACAUAAUUUGUGACAGGGACAAUGUUGUUGUUGAUGAUGAUGAUGAUGAUGGUGAUGAUGUUCAUGAUGAUGAUAAUGACGACGGUGUAUUUACAUUAUCCAGUUCAAAAUGAAAUGUGGACUCCUUGCAUAUAUUCAUUAAUAUAUGUUCAUGGUUUUAUGCCUUUUACUUUAAGUGUAUACUCUUGCCCUAGAUGUAGGUUUAGUACUGUUCCCAACUUUGGCCUAAACCACUGAAGACAAGCAAGACCACUUAUGCCAUUCCAGUGCACCUUGCAGAGAGAUGGCAUGUCCUUAGGGUCUUAGACAAGGGACAUUAACUGUCUCAGAAUGUUCCAUGAAAAAAAAAUAUAUAUUAUUGUAAAUGUACAAAACAAAUUAAGCUAGGUACAGAAAAUGAAAUGGGGGGAAAUAAUACAUACAACUGGGCAAGAGGAAAGAUUUUUGUCUAUUCUAUUUAUUUUUUCUCCAAUUAUCAGAAUAUAAUUUUUUAUUUUUUGCUUCUAGUGAUGUGUGUUGCAUGUUGACAUGCUUUCUUUGGGUAAGGCAAGGCCUAAAAUGGCGGGUUAGUAACACAACAUCAGCACAGGAGGGUGCCAAAGGGUGCUUUAGAGGUGAGGGUGAGAGCGGGAUGGAGCACAGAGACAUGACACAGAGCUCCUCUGUCUGAAAACACGACUGGGAAUAUUUUUGUUCCUUCUUUUCACAUGCUAGUUAGAUUAGUCAAUGUGCUUGAAAGUCUUACACCCGUGUUCACAUUUUAUACUUAAAAAAGCAUCAAUAUAAAAAAAAGAGACAGACUGGGACAUUCUAGGACAACUUUAUGGAUUUUCCUCUACUUCAACCAAGAGUGGAUUUUCUGCUUCUUUUCUAUUACGUCAAAGAACAUAAAUUAUGUAUGAAUUUUCUUCCCCCAUUACCUUAUUGUGAGUCUUCUUGCUUCCUACUGAAUGUAUGUGUGAUGUGAAUGUGUGUGUGUGUGUGUGUGUGUGUGUGUGUAUGUGUAUGUGUAUGUGUAUGUGUAUGUGUAUGUGUAUGUGUGUGUGUGUGUGUGUGUGUGUGUGUGUGUCUUUGAUUGGUGCACAGCUUUGACUGGUCCUCACUGGGUGUGCAGAAAGUGACCUUCUCUGCAAGUUCCUUAUUUAAAUUCCCAAGCCCAGGCCCCACAGACCUGGGGAAAUCUGACAACGUGCACAGACGAGCAGAAAUACUUCUCUCCUUUUUUACCAAAUGACUUGGACAAAAUGAUUUCAUUUUAUGUGUAAGUUGAUUUAUAUAUAGAUAUAUUUUUGAUGCAUUUCUUUCAAAGGAUUUUUUUUCUAUUUCAUUUGUAACUGUACACCAUGUUUACCUGGACUGAUCCCUGGAAUGUAUGACGAACGUAUAAUACUAAUGAAUAUGCCAUAAAUGUAUCGGUAACAUUUUCGACAGGAUUAUUUAAGAAAAUCAACUAUAGUACCUGUGAUAAUGGUCAUGUUAUCUAACUGCCCAGGACUGAGUAUCUGCUGUGUAGUGUGGAGCAGGGAUGCAUUGAGGCUUCUUGUUAGUGACAUUCCUAUGGAGGAGAGAAAGGCUCUUUUUUCACAACAGUGGGCAAGUUUGGAUUACCUGCCCCCAGAACAUGCCACUGUGUUGUACAGCAGAGUGUGAAAUGUGUGCGUCAAGAGCCAUCUGGUGGCCACAGCCAGUACAGGCCUGGUGCGUGUGACUGUCCCUUGUGUGGAAUGCUGUGAAUGUCUUUUGUUAGGGUGUGGCUUUGUAAAACCAACAUAAAUGCACUGAACAGUGUAUUUUGAUGUAUGGAAUACUGUUUGCUAUUUAUACUCGUGUCAUGUUGUAAUUUACUCCUAGACUACAGCAGUUCAGUGGGUAUCUUCUAUUGUGCUCACAAAUUGCUGACAAACAGUUGUGGUUUAGCAUGGGACAGUGGAGUGUACAAGACUUGGUAAAGAAAGCACAACUAUUAACAAGGUUAUAGAAAUAUUUAUGUGAAAAGAUAAGCUAAUAUGUUGUGGUGGAUUGUUUAAUGUAGACUUACAUUUGUACUGUCGGCAUUUGGCUAGAAUAAAAAAAGACAUUUUUUAGUUGCAAACAUAUUAUUUCUAAUUUCUUUAUUUAGUAUUGUUGAAGUGAAAUUAAAGUAGGUAUUAAACUUCAGAUAUUCCUUGACAUGGUGUUGAAUCUGCAUACUUGGGAAAACAUUGACAGAAUUCUCCCUGCCAUCCAAUCAGCAGUAAGGUGUCCUUGAUGCUGUGAACCCCCAAAGCUCCAGUACCACCAAUAUCCAAUCAGCUGUGGAGUUCAUUUUGCCAUCCAAUGGCCAUCUGCCACAGCUCACACCUAAUGCUGCAAUGGAAGACAGAUGUAGUCCUGUUCUAUUCCAGUGGUACUAUCCGAGCAUGUAUUUGUGUGUAUUACUGAAGAAUAGUUCUGUAUAGUGUGGUUCCAACCCAGACACACUUACCAUCUUACUCACCCUUAAUGCUAAUCCCAACAUUCUCUGUAAAAGCAUUAUACUGAUUGAUGCGUACGUGGGUCCUGGUGGGGGGUAUUUGUAUACCUGCAGUAAGUCAAGGGAGAUAGAAAAUUGUGUUCUCUGUGUAGGAAAGUCAAAGGUCAAAGGCCAAAGUUGAUGUGGCACACUGUAAUAAUUCCGUACUUCAUUGUGAAUUGUCGUGUCAGAUUGAGAUGUAUUUGAUUAACACAAUAAACAAACAGUUACUUAA